UCUAACUGGAUCAUUUGCAUAUAUGAUAGCUGCACCUCUGUCUUAAUGAAUCACGCUAUCUUCCAAGUUUCCCCUUUGAACAGCUGUAUGUCCUUCUGUCUGUCCGCUGGUAUCAGGAGGGGUCUAUGGACAGCCUGUAUGAGGCAGUGCAGCGCUCCAGCGAUGGCCCUCCCCCACCUGUUCCCAGCCGCUCAUCCAGUCGCUCCUGCAGCCGCUCCUGCAGCCCUGCUGUCCUGCUGGAUGACCACACAAAGUGGCGAGGGUCUGGAAGGUCUAUAUCCCUGGAGAUGCCGCAGACACAUGGGACCAACACAAAUAAAAAGAAAAGAAGAACACAUGUAUCCAAAUCUGCAUCAGAUAACGAAACACUGGAUAACCCCGGCUGUAAUACUGCAGUGUGGCAGCCUGCCAGGAGUCGAGAAGAUUUAGUCCACAUCCCCAACAAUCACAUUGAAGAAGUGCGAAAGACUAAGCACAGAACAGAAACAAAAGCAGGGAAAGGAGCCCAUCACUCUGGCACAAAGAAAAAGGAGAAACCAUCAUCAAACCAGAGUACCAGUGGUGUGACAACAGAGUCCAAGCCUGCUGUCAAAAGAAACCAAAAGACUGGAAAGAAACCAGGUGGAAGGAGUGGGAAAGAAGGAUCUAAGAAAAGUCACAACUCUAGAGUCUGUUCUCCACCAGGCACAAUGAGUCCAACACUGGGACCCAACUAUUUGGACAUUCCAUACACAUCCAGGUCAGACAAAAGACUGUUCCUUGGUAAAUCCUCAACCCUGCCCGCUCAGGAGAACACAACCCCAGGUCGCUGUGCAGACAUGAUGGUCAGCUUACCUGGUGGUGCAACACCCACCCACCACCAGCGGUGGAGCAACCCAGGUGACAGCAGUCCUGCAUGGGGGACAGUUCAGCACACCUGCCGCCGGCCACUCACAGAGUAUCGAGUGUAUUCCCAUGAAUUCAGCCCAUCACCUGGAAAGGAGUGGGAUGGACGGCAUCAGCCCCCAAUGGCCCAGAAUGACAGCUUGAAGCGGGAUAGCAAACCUCAAAUUCCCCCAAGGGUGCCACGAUCUGUCACUGAAGUGGACCUUUCAGACCCAAAUAUCUGA